CAUAACCUGUAAAUGUGUGUGCGUGUUUGCUUACUGGCGAUUUAAUUUGAGAUGUUAUUAUGGCCAAGGUUGUGCAAAAACGUGCGAAAAAGAGAAAAAGCACGAGGGAAGAGCUGGAGUCACUUGAUAAAGCGGAAUUAAUUAACAAAAUAUUGCAAGUUGAAGCUCACAAUGAACAACUCAAAGUGCUCCUCACGAAGGCCACAGAUUCCAAAUUAGUGGAGAAAGAAGGAAAGACUGGGAAAUCAUUUGAUUUCUCACAGUGUCACAUGAGACACAUUCUCUUGAAAUUUUACUAUCUCGGUUGGGACUAUCACGGUUUCACCGUGCAAGAGGAUAACAUCAACACCAUCGAGCAUCACUUGUUUACAGCUUUGAUAAAAAGUUGUUGUGUAGAGUCACGUGAGAGCGCAAAUUAUCACCGUUGUGGAAGAACUGACAAAGGGGUCAGCUCGUUCUCCCAGGUGAUUUCGUUAGACAUACGCAGCAGGCUGGAGCCUGAGAAGCAGGACAACUUGGCGGACGAGUUGCCUUACUGCAAGAUAUUGAACAGAUUGUUGCCAGCGAACAUAAGAUGCGUAGCGUGGUGUCCGGCAUCUCCUAAUUUUUCCGCGAGAUUUGAUUGCAAAUACAGAAGAUACAAGUAUCUCUUUCCAAAAGGCAAUCUGAACAUAGACGCCAUGGACAGAGCUGCGAAAUAUGUCAUAGGCAAUCAUGAUUUUCGCAAUAUUUGUAAAAUGGACGUAGCCAAUGGCGUGACAAAUUUCACAAGAACCGUGAUCGACGCGAAAGUCUCUGUAAGCGAUCAGAACACAGAAAAACUCACAGGCUACACUAUGUGCGAAUUAGAAAUUACCAGUCAAGCGUUUCUUUGGCAUCAAAUUCGUUGCCUGAUGGGCGUCUUGCUGCUGGUCGGGCGAGGAAAGGAAGAGCCAGAAGUAAUUUUGAAACUCUUGGACGUCGAGACUUGUCCGCAGAAACCGCAGUACAACAUGGCGCACGAGACGCCGCUAAAUCUUUGGUAUUGCGAUUAUGAGGGUGUCGAGUGGUUCGUUGACGAAGAUGAAUUGGUAUGCACCAUCAGGACUUUGCAACAAGACUGGACUCUCAAUACUGUGAAGUCUUCAAUGAUCAAAGCUAUGUUAACGCAUUUAGAAAAUUUGGUCAAGGGCGUAAACACAGAUUUUCAGGCGGAUUGCCUUCUUCUUGGAAUACAAUCGAAGGUGUAUCAGCCGCUGAUGAAACGAGAAAUGUGCGACAGCUUGGAAAGCAAAAUCGAACAUUACAAGAGGAAACAAAACUGCGUCACGUAGCAUACGCCUAUUCUAAUCACAGGACUUGUAUAUAAGUUACACAUAUGUAUCAAUACUUUUAAAUAUACAUGGCUUUUACUCUAAGUACUACAUAUGGCAUCUCUCGAUUGUUGUUUGCUAUAUGUACCGUUUUUUUCUUUUUCUUUUUUUAUUUAUUCAGCCUUGUUUUUCGUCAAAAAGUUUGAUGCACUUCAUCAAAAGCCCCUUUCCCUCUCCAACCUCGCAAAUGUUUUGGCAAGACCAUCAAGUUUACGUGAGAAUAUCCGUUACGACAGAAGAGAAUCAACGCUAUUCAAAAACAAAAAAAAAAUUUACAAAUAACGUUGAUAGGCCUGUAACAAGACUAUACACAAAACCACGAGCGAACCUUCUCGCGAAUCUAUGCAGAUCUAAACAGACAAAUGUGUCGAAAGCGAUAAGUUUUACACAGUUUUGAAGCUUUAUUUCCGUGAGUGAGUUCUAAGCUGCGAACGUAACGUUUGCUGUUACUUUCAACCCUAAUCUCACACCGAACCGGCUACGGACGAGCGAGUGUCAGUACAAAUCGCUAUGGAUCUAGUGAUAGCUAUGAAAAAAAAAAAAA